CUAUUGCUCUUGCUUUUUUCCCUUGCUUUAGACUUCAAGCUCUUUCCGGCGAAACAUAUUAGUGUGGCUUGACUUAUUGUGGCGCUCUUGAUCUUCCCCUCCAAUUGUGGCUACUCAGGUACGCAAAGCUACCCGACAUACCCACGAUGACCUCAUCGGCCUAUAGGAAAUGAGAAGAAGAGUUAACCGAGCACUAAUACCAAUAAAUUUCAUCACACCUGCAUCCUUAUAGAAAUUCUUUCUUUAACUUGCUUCCUGUAUUACUAAAACACUCAGACAUGGGGUACGGGUUCGAAUUUGCCAGACAAUGAUCUCACGAUUCGCAAGUUCCUGCCCCAGGAGCUUGCCUGGCUUGAGGACUCCGAGCUCAAUACUGAGGCCCAGACCCAUCAUCACCCCACGUUACCAGCUAAGGUGGACCCCAGCACUGAGAGCUUGGGAGAGUACCACAACGGGGGAAGGGAAGAGCGGACAUAUUGACGCAGCUCCGAAUGAGUCUAUUCUAUGGAUCGACAAUCUGUUUCCCCUGAGACUUUCCGGCUUGUUACGAGCACCAUGGAAGAGCCCCGACGAAGAUCUUUCCAAGUUGAUGGAGAGAUUUGAAAGCUCAUCGCUAGGUAUGCUAGAUCCAAUUAAUCUAGUCAAGCGUGCCAUUCCCGAGACAGCCCCAGUCAAGAUCACGGAAAUUCUACCUCGUCUCAAGGACGGUGGUGCAUUCGUCAAAUUCACUUAUCCGGCCAACGUGCCUGUUCAGGAGAUCGAAUCGACCAUAACCAAAUCCCUUCAGGAGAAACCUGUGAAGCCAUUUUUCAGUUUCUGGAGAGGAGUUCAGGCUGGAUUGGUCCAAGGCGUCCCCUGGCUGGAGGAUCUGCACAGAUUCCCUAACGAUCGCCUGAGGGUCGAGUUUGUCCCCAAGGUUCCUGGCGAACAAGCAGUUGAAUUGUCUCAAGAGACCCUGUAUAGCUUAUUCCGCCGGUAUGGCAAGAUUGCCGAGAUUAGUUCACAGCCCUGGGAUUCCAAGGUUCUCCCGCGAUACGCCCAUGUCGACUUUGCUCUCGUAAGGGACGCCAUCAUGGCACGAAAUUGCUUGCAUGGCUUCGUCGUUCCAGAAAAGCUCGGCGGCGGCAAGCUCGGAACAAAACUUCAGAUGUCCUAUGAACAGCGAGCUAGGCAACAUCGGUUCUGGGACUGGAUAUCGAGCCACCCAAGGAUCGUCAUUCCUGUUAUAGUCGCACUAUUAACCGGACUCACCGUCAUCAUAUUCGACCCUAUCCGGUCUUUCUUCGUCAAGGCCCACGUCACACAGAAAUACCGCCUCAGCAACAGCAGACUAUAUAGAUGGCUUCGGCAACGAACAUUUGAUAUCUUAAGCCUCAAAAGGGAGAAAGUGGACCAGGCAGGACUGAACGCACUUUGGACUCAUAGAAAAGACCUAAUCGAUCAGAUCCAGAAAUGGCUUUUAGAAACCACUGGAACCUUCAUUGUCGUCCAAGGGCCUCGUGGUUCUGGCAAGGAGGAAUUGGUGCUAGACCAGGCCCUCAAGGGGAGAAGCAACGUUCUCGUCAUCGAUUGUAAGCCAAUCGUGGAAGCCAGGGGCGAAUCAGCGACGAUCAAGCACAUGGCUGCCUCCGUCGGCUACCGUCCUAUCUUCUCUUGGGCGAACAAUGUUAGCAGCAUGGUCGAGCUAGCUGUCCAGAGCACGACUGGUGUAAAGGCUGGUUUCUCCGAGACGUUGGAGUCGCAAAUUCAGAAAAUCCUGCAGACAACUGCCAGUGCCCUUACAGAGAUCGGUGUCGCGGACCGCAGCAAGAAUGACCCUGAUGCUUCACUCGCUGUCGACGCUUAUCUUGAAGCACAUGCCGAGAAAAGACCUGUGGUCGUGAUAGACAACUUCCUCCAUAAAGGCGACGCUAACACCAUUGUCUACGAAAAGAUUGCCGAAUGGGCGGCUGCUCUCGUCCAAUCUAAUGUCGCCCACGUCAUCUUCCUAACUAACGAUACCUCUUAUUCGAAAUCUCUCUCUAAAUUCCUACCCGAUCGUAUCUUCCGCCAGGCCGCUCUUGGUGACCUAUCCCCUGAUGUCGCCAAACGCUUUAUCCUGGGCCACAUUAACAAUGGUGAGGAUCAACCAACCAAAGCAACGGGCGAUUCAAAGGAGCCCUCCGAAAAGCAUCCCCUCAUUCAGCCUGACCUAACCGACCUCGACUCCUGUAUCGACAUCCUUGGCGGGCGACUGACAGACCUCGAGUCGCUCGCGCGACGCCUCAAAGCUGGACAGAGCCCUAAGCAAGCCGUAGCCGAAAUCACCGAGCAGUCCGCCUCCGAGAUCCUGAAGAUGUUCCUCCUACCAGGCAAAACAACCCAUGACGGCGAGCACGCUUGGUCGGUGGAGCAGGCUUGGCACCUAGUCAAGUCCCUAUCCGCGGCCGGCGCCGACGGCCUGCGCUACAACGAGGUCCUCCUGCACGGCGCCUUCGCGUCCUCGACGACGGCGCCCGACGGCGAGUCCGCCCUCGAAGGGCUCGCGAACGCGGAGCUCAUCACGGUGAAGAGCGCCAACGGGCGUCCGGGCAGCAUCACGCCCGGCAAACCCGUGUAUCAGGCCGCGUUCUGCCAGCUCGUGAAAGACAAAGCCUUGGCGGCGAAGAUGGACCUCGCGCUGCUGACGGAGCUCGCCAAGGUCGAGGUCAAGACCAUCGAGAAGGCGGAGGCGGAACUCGCGCUGCUGGGCGGCUUGCCGAAGCAGCCGCGGGAGACGGGGCCAAGGGUCGCGUACCUUCUGGCUAAGCUCGAGGGCGCGCAGAGGAGGAUCGAGGGCUACGAGAGGGAUAUGGCGGGGCUGAAGAAGGUUUUGGGGACGGAGUAUUAGAGUAGAUUAUAUGUAAGGCUUGGCGGUUAGGUCGGGGGUGGGUAUACGAAAAGCAAAAAGAAAAGGCGUAGGUGGGGGUUGGUAGGGUUGGUAGGAAAAAGCAAAAGGGGAACGGUGAAGGCUGUUCUAUAGGUAGAUGGAAAUGGGUACGCGGGGGGAUGAUUGUACGUACGGGGAACGAUUCGAUACCCAACUCAGUUGCUAGAUUCUUGUUCAGGUAUAUAAUGACUUGAUCACACUUUACAACAAUAGGCCUGAUUCGAACUAGAAUAGUUCCGACUCAAACUCGUCUGUCACCUACGCUUACCUUGGUCUAUGGAGCAGAACACGGCACAAGCAAAUAUCAGCAGGAACAGAUAAGAUGGAUGAAUAGAACAGA